UUUCAAGAACGACAGUUGGGGAGCGGCUUUAACGGUUUGUCUGGCAACGGGGAAGGCGGCGCGGGUGCGGCGGUGGCCAGGUAAAUUCAUGAACAUUUUGAAGCAAUAUUACUUGCUAGAAGAUAUUACAGAAGAAUCUGUUUUAAACCACCUUUAUACUUGGAUCCUCCAUUUCUAAGCUGGCUAAAGAGGAGCAAAAAAUACCUUUUCCAGAAUUCAUAACUACCCCGACUGAGAGAAGCAAUGCAAGCCCUGGCACGACCCAACCGAUACAGAUGGAACUCUAUGAGCAGGGAAGAACGGCUCAAAGAAGCCGCCAUGGACUUUAUUCGCAUGUGUGCAGAACAGGGUGAUGGUGAUAGCCCGAGACAACUUCAAGUGGCCCCUCAGCUGGACCCCUACCCGAGAGCCUCGGUGGCCUCAGUGGCCAGACCUAUGCUUCCUACGAUGAUCAGGCAAGGUCAGACUGAAUCCAGGUUCCAGUCAGACAACCUCGAGAAUUCCAGAGUUUCUAAGAAACCUGUGAUGAAAAGGAAAGUUCUGAGGCGAACGCCUGACGGAGAAGUGCAGGUGACAGAUGAAUCUAUCACUAGUGAGACAGAAUCCAACAAUCCAAGUGUCCACCAAUCCAGUCCUGAAUGUGAGAACUUAAAUCAGAGAAUGUACCUUCUGAAUGCUCAGGAGAAGGAGGAAGAGUGUAAUGAGGAGAACCAGCCCCAAAGUUCCCCUGGGUCAGUCUGUUCCUGGAGUCCUUCGGAGGAAAGCCAGAAUCAGUGUUCCCGAAAAGAGAGCCAGAGCCUCAGUUCUUCGUCCUUUGAGCAGGACUUCAUCCUAACUGGCUACCCCAAGUCUUUCAUAUUACCAAAGCUGGAGCAGCUCAAUCGGAACAGAAUGAAGACCGAUCGAGUUGCCCGUUACCUGGAACACAAACACGACUGGGAAUCCCUGCGGCUUCCAGGAGAAGACCCCAGGAAAGGUGUGCGCUGGAGCAUUCGGGAACAGAUGCUCUACAAGUCAGAAUUGCCUCCUAAGGCUCAGCCUGUUUAUAUCCCCAACAAUUAUCUGGUGCCUACAGAGAAGAAGAGAUCUGCCCUGCGCUGGGGAAUACGCUGUGACUUGGCAAACGGUGUGGUGCCUAAAAACAUCUACUCCUCCUAAGAACCUGGAAUCUUUAAAAUGUCAUACACAGAAGAACUUAGUAGAUCCCAAAAAGCUAGCUACCUCAAUUUUGCAGCUAAGCUAUUUUUAUUUCUUUCCAAUUCCAAACCCUACCCAUUUAAUCUUAAAUUCUAUCUUGGAUCUGAAUGCCUACUUUCUUUCAAAAGAUUUUUUAAAAGCUACUGUUGUCUCAGAUCAUAUUAUUUGAAUGUAAAUAUUACCUUAUAAAAAGGUAGGCAGAAGAUGAAUCAAAAUCUACUGAAGUAUAGUCAAGAAAAAGGAUCCUUGUUUUUUCCCCCAAGAUGCUUUACACACAGUCCCUCUUUGAACUCCUGAACUUUUAAAAAGUUUUAACUUCUGGAUGUAUAGAUUAAAUUAAAUUUAUGAAGUGAAA